ACUCUGCUGCAGUAAAAAGCCUGAUUUCCAGGAAUUACCCUGCUGGCUCUGGAACAGAGAUGGGAACCCUCCACCCACUGGAGAGGCAGAGCUGGAUAAAAGGGGCUGGGGUGGGCUUCUUCCAGCCCGGGAGCUGUGGAGCCCGGAGGGAGACGGAUUUUGGGCCUUUCCUUCCUGCUGCUCUUCCUCCUGAGUUCUUGAGGUGGUUCCCUUCUUCUUCUCCACACCUAUCGUGUACCCCAGGUCUGCCACUGCCACUGUGCUGUGUCCCCUGAGCUGGAGCCCUCGGCUGCCGGUGUCUGCUGGGAAGCCAAGGCUGGGAGCAACGGGAGCAUCUGCUGUGAGCCAUGGCUUUGCAGGAGGACACACAGGAGGAGGAUGCAAAGGCCCAGCUCCUGGCAGAGGCAUUCCAGAAGGAAGGACUGGAUGCUGGAUACUGGCUGCCUAAAGCUUCACAGAUCCUGGGAAUCAAGUGCAGAGAAGCCCUGCAACAUCUGGAAUAUAAAGACUACCUCAGGCUGGAGUGCGAGGUACGGCACCCCUGGGAGAAAAAGGCACUCCAGAAACUCCUGAACAUAAGAGAUGACAAAACGUGUGAGGAGAUGCAAAAGCAAAACUCGGAGAAGACAAAGCAGAGACAAGAUGAGGCCAAAAAAGCUCUGAAGGAUCUGACAGAAAUGCACAACAGCCACAGCCACAGCCAGGAUACUCUGAGGGAGAAAGCAGAGACCCUGUGGCGAGCCAUGGAGAUUCCCAAAGAGUUCUGGCCACCACCAGAGAAACCCUUGGCAGAUAUGCUGGAGAGCAUCCAGAAGCAGCUGGAGCAGCAGGAGCAGUCAGCAAGCAGGAGGGAGAACAUCCCUGACACAGAGGUGCUGAGGAGGGCGUCAGGGGGACUGGCCCUGCAGGGCAUCUACAGAACCAGCAGACCUGAAGAUGUGCUGGCAAAGCGAGAGCAGCUCCUCAGGGUUCCUGAGGGAUUCCAGCUCGCCGGUCCGGAGCAAGGUUCGCUGCUUGAGAGGAAGGAGUUCUCCUCCUCUACAGCAGAAUCCACUUUCACCAAGUCCAUGGAGCAGCUGGGGUUCAGCAUGAGCAUUUCUGCCAAAUGCUCAUUCUGGGGGUUUAAUCUGGGAGGGAGUGUAGAUCACAGCAGCUUCUCGCAGUCACAGGACACCCACCAGUCCCGCUCUGAGCAGAGCUACUUUUGCACCACCAUGUACCAGUACAUCCCUCUGGCCUCCUGCUACUUCCAAAGGCAUCAGCUUCGCCUCUCGGAUGCGGCUCUGCGGGAGCUGCAAGGCAUGGAGCAGCUUUUGAGCUUCAGUCGGGAAGAAGACAACCCUACCUUGGUGAAGAUGUGUGAGAGCUUCUUCAGCAGGUUUGGCUCCCACAUAAACCAGGGUCCCCUCCACUUUGGGGGGAUAUUCUGGUGGAAGGCGUCUACAGAAGGAUUCCAAACUAAGCAGCAGGAAGAGAUAAAACGACAAACUUCUGAAGCACUGAACAGCUUUGUUGGGGCCAGCUGGGCUGGUUUCUGGGCCAGUAUAGAAGGGACCCUGGAUGUUUCCAAAUCCAGCUCACAGGCUUCUGUCCUGGGGAGAGCCAGAGAGAGCUCUUAUACAGCAAUUCAACUCUAUGUGGCCAACACAGGGGGCCCAGCAGACACAGCUUCCCUUCCUCAGUGGAAAACUGGGCUCGUGUCUGAUAACACAACGUGGUGCGUUAUCGACCGUGGCUUUCAGCUGAUCCCAGUGUGGGAAAUCAUCCAGUGCAAUCACUGUGGGGAUUUUAAGUCUGUAGAUCAGAUAAGCAGAGGCCUCAGGGCUGCAUACAAAGCGCUGACGAAUCAGAGCGUUGGCACCAUUUUUGGAGAGGAAGUGGACAGUGCAGUGCAAGAGGCCAGAGAUUUCAUGGGGACUGUGAAGGCCUGGGAGGUGACAGAAGCGGAUGAAGAGAAGAUGCUCAUGCUGAUGGGACUAAAAGAUGAUCUGAAUGCAAAAACCCGAAACCCCAGUGUGUGGAUCAACGUGUGCCUGUCGGACAAAGCCCUGCAGGACCUCCUGGUGAACACUGUGCGAAGCUGCCAGGAGUCACCUCCAGAAAACACCACCUUUAUCAAGGUAAUGUUGAGGAGUCUCCUGAAUCCUCAUAUCUACUCUGUCAAGGACUUCCCUGAGGCUUCCUCCAUUAUGCAAUGGGUCUUCCAGACUGAGCAACCGCUUCCCGGACCUCCCAAAGUCUCUGAGCUUCAAGACCUCAUCAAAACACUGCAGCAAAUGAAGGAGCACAUCCGUGCUGUCACCUACACACCAGGAAGUUCUGCUUCUGACGUUCAUGAAGCAAAGAUAGAAGCCACCCAGACCAGCAGCCUGGCCAUUUAUUCCUUACUCCAGUCUCUCCAGGAACAGGCUCAGAAGAACAUGGAACUGUUGGUGCUCUUGAUUGUGACCAGCACAGGGUACCAGGUGGAAAGCAGCACUUUUCAGCACCUCCUUGGACACCCAGAAAUUCAGUACAUGGCCAAGGAAAUGGAAGCGGCACAUGAGGAGUAUGUGAACCUGAAGGAGCAAGAUGCUGACAGAGCUGAGGCCUCCCUUCUGUUGAGGGGUCUGACUGUGACACCCAAAAGUCAAGAUCUGUCCCUUGAGCAGAAGAGGGAGCGUUUAGUUUUCAUGGAAGAUCACAUGAAAGGCUUGUGGUCCACACGGAUAAAGAAUCUCCUCCAAAAGCACCAUGGAGACGAAGACUGGGAGAGGCUGAAACGGGACUUGGACUCCUUGAUCAGUGGGUGCUUGGAUGACAAAUGGGAUGAACAGAGGAUGCAGAACAUACUCAGUGACCUGGAAGAUAUUUUUCCAACACCUGAGGUUUCCAGUCAGUCCCAGUCCAAGUCAGACAGCAGCAAAUCCAGAGAAAAUGAAGCCAUUGCAAACCAGGAGUUCCUGCAGCUGCUCAAGCGCCUUGGACUGGAAAGGCAAUAUCCAAGGAAAAUGGGGAUGGGAGAUUUCUGCACCAUCAGCAGGAUAUCGCUGCAGGACAGCCAGCCCAGCCAGGACACAGAACUGCCAUUAUACUUCUUGCAAAAGCUGUUAACCGUGGAUUACCAGGUGAGGUACCUGACUUGCUGGGAAAGGAGCAACCCAGGCCUUGCAACUGUGCCACAAACCGGAGAGCAAGAGGACGAACAAUCAGACUCCUUUGAAAACUUUCUUGAUAAGCUGACAGAAGCAGCCCCUGAACGUGCAAGCAGGGACAGCCAUGUGCACCCCAUGGACCUGCAGAUGGCCAUUUUCCAUUGUGCUGAUGACUUCCUGAGACAGACCCUGGCAACCAAGCUGGCCUUCUGCCAACUGGCGCUGCCUCUGCUGGUGCCCAACCCGAGCACUUCACGCAUUGAGUUCCCACUCUACGCACUCAGCCAAAUCCAAAGGAGCUGGAAAGAGGUGGAGAAGGCAGGAAGACAGACCAGAACAAAGAGUUUCAGCAACAAACUCAUCUUUCAGGCACAGACACCCAUCGUGUCCUUCAUCCGCAUUGGCAGCUCAGCCUCCUCUUCCAAGUCUCAGCUCCUGAACACUCUGCUGAGCAAACACAAACACGACACUUUCUUCCACCGCCACUGCAAAGGAAGCACCAGAGAGCGAUUGCUGAUGGAAGGGCUGGUGGAGAUCGCCUGGUACUGCCCUGGUGGAAGCCCAGAUGACACCUUUGAGUGCUGUGUGGCUUUCUGUAACCUGCAUGGAGACGCCAGGGAUCACGGAGCACAGCUGCAGUUCCUGCAGGAGAUUUCUGCUGUCAACGUGGCUCUUGUGUCAGAUUGGGAGCACAUGGACAACAGGGGGAAAAAGAUUCUGCAGGACCUGUGGCAGUCACAAAGGCCUUUGCUUUGUCUUCUCACAGAAAAAGAGAAUGUUGCAGCUGGUCGAUCCAGCAAAACCAUAACAAUAGGGAUCAAGAACAGAAAUGAAGCAGAACUGAUGGAGGAGCUGACCAAGACAAUUGGGAAUCUCCUGGGAGGGUCUAAUCCAUGUUUCAGCCUAGAGGCCUAUGUGGACAAAGCCCACCAGCAUGGAUUCAUAGUGGAUGCAGAUCAGCCCGCGUGUGUGACAGCCAAAGCAAAAGCAAAGGAGCUGGUGGAGCUUCUGAAGAAAGAGAAGCUGUCUGAGAUCAAAUCCCGGCUGCUGCCGCUUCAAGGAAAACUGUGGUACCAGUGGUGCCAAAAGGACAAAGAACUCACUCGCUUACAGGAGAAGAGGAACAAGAGCAUUGAGCAUCAUCGCAGCCAAAUUGAAUAUGAGAAGAAAGCACUAAGAAGAAAGCAACUUGAGCAAGCUUCCCCUCUCAACACACUGAUGAAAUCAUUCCUCGAGUUUCUCCAUGCCCAGCCAGCAGACACCAAGAAAUACUUCCUGCACUGGAUGAAGGUCUUUAUGCAUGAAGUGUCCUGUGGUCGCCUUGAAGAACUGAGGAGAGACUAUCAUAAGUUAUGGUCUGAAAUCCUGUCAAGAAAAAAAAGCAAGAAAAAAGCCAGUGGCAAUGAUGAGUUGCUAAAUCACUUGGAUGCCCUCUCUGAUGAAAUCAAUGAUUCAUCCAUCAGUCUGGAGCACCUUCUGAGAGAAGUAGGGCAGAUUUAUGAAGCUCUGCAAUUAAUGAACUCCAAGAAUGCCAAUUUUGACAAACUUCCAGAAAUUGCAGCAGAGCUGAUGGUUUCAGGGUACCCUGUGGAGCUGAUGGAUGGGGACGCUUCUUACCUGCCCUUGCGCUGGGUGGGAGCAAUCUUUGACAGCUUAAUUGAGAGGCUGGGGGACAAACGAGUGUUUGUGCUCUCUGUGCUCGGCAUCCAGAGCACAGGCAAGUCCACCCUGCUGAAUGCCAUGUUUGGUCUGCAGUUCAACGUCAGCGCAGGGAGAUGCACCCGUGGAGCCUUCAUGCAGCUGAUCCCAGUGGGCGAGGAGCUGCAGCAAGACUUGGGCUUUGAUUUUGUGCUGGUGGUAGACACAGAGGGACUUCGAGCCAUCGAGAUGGCCAAUAAACAGUCCCAGAACCAUGACAACGAGUUGGCCACCUUUGUCAUUGGUGUUGGCAACAUGACUGUGAUCAAUAUCUUUGGAGAAAAUCCAUCAGAAAUGCAAGAUGUUCUCCAGAUUGCUGUGCAGGCUUUCCUGAGGAUGAAGCAAGUCAAUCUUUCCCCAAGCUGCCUCUUUGUCCACCAAAACGUGGGAGAAGCAACUGCCAAGGAGCAGAACAUGGAAGGACAAAGGCGUUUGCAGGAAAAGCUGGAUGAAAUGACCGUGGUAGCUGCUCAGCAGGAAUUCUGUGACAUCUCCUCCUUCAGCGAUGUCAUUGGCUUUGAUGUGAACACCCACAUUCACUACUUUGCUCACCUGUGGCUAGGAAACCCCCCAAUGGCACCACCCAACCCCAACUACAGCCAGAAUGUCCAGCAACUCAAGAGCAAAAUCCUCCAGGCUGCCAAGAAGCAGUCACAGUGCAGCAUUUUGAGGCUCUCAAGCCUGAAAGAUCGUAUUGGUGACCUCUGGAAUGCUUUGGUGAAUGAAAACUUUGUUUUCAGCUUCAAGAAUUCCCUGGAGAUUGCUGUGUACAGGAACUUGGAAACGGCCUUUAGUCAGUGGACUUGGAAGCUGAGGAGUCACAUCUUAGAUGUACAGAUGAGACUGGACAACAAAAUUCGGAAUGGGGACAUGCAGAAUGUCACCAGACAACACCUUGAAGGGCUGGUGCAAGAGACAAGUGAUGCCAUUGAGAAAGAAGUGGAAAAGUAUUUCAGGGAAGACAAAGACCAUGAGACACUGGUCCAGUGGAAAUCAAGCACAGAGCUGAAACUGAAAGACCUAAAAGAGACUCUUCUUAAUGAAACAAAAAAGAAAUGUGAGAAUCUCAUUGAGCUACAGAAGGAGCAGAAGAAAUUGGAUGCACGGAAGUUGGACUAUGAAGAUGAGCUGCUGAGAAGGAGUCGGGAGCUGGCUGUGAGUCUGAAAGGGAAGAGCCUCAGUGAGAGAGAACUGAAGGACAACUUUACUGAUGUCUGGAACAAGUGGAUUGCUGAAGUCUCCCGUGCUGCUCGUCCUCUGGAACAGGUGAAUAUUGAUGCAGAAAUUGAAGAUGUCCUUCUUGAGCACUUUAAGGAGCCGGGUUUCCAUGCGCGGAUGAGGUCAUUUCCCAGUGGCACAGGAUUUUCUUUUAAUCCAGAUAAACACAUCACGAAGAAAAAAUAUUUUGGCUAUUUCCCAGAUCCCAGGAGCUUUUUCCAUGGUGGUGUGAUCAACUUUCAGCAAAUCACAGACAACAUCAUAGCAUGUGUGAAGGCAAACAUUGCUAAGAAGGAAGAGGAGAAACGCGAUUACAGUCGAAAUUUUAUUCAUGAAAUACUCAAUGAAGUACAGGAAGCUGUCAGCUCUGUCCCCAGCAAUGGGAAAUGUACUUUUAACAAAGAGUACAGCAUGGAUUUGUCUCUGUAUCUGUGCAAAAUAGCAGCUGAAAGGUUUAAAGCCAUGCACGAAGCAUUUCAAAAGGCAAAUAACCCAGUUAUGUACCUGAGCAGCAAGAGAGAAGAUUUCUUCCAAUGUUUCCAGAUUUCCUGCCAAGGAGCCACUUCUGUCACAACUUUUGCUGUUUUCCUUUGUGACAAGAUUGAACGACCUCUUUGCCAGGCAGUCUAUGAGAGGACAACUAAAGACAUCGCUGAGGACAUGAGGGAAAACCUCCCAGAUUUCCAGGGCAACAGAGCCAAUCUGGAAGUUUGCAUCCUGAGAUACCUGGCAAAAAAUGAAAAUUUUGAGUAUUUCAAGCAGUACCUUACGUCUCCAAAACAGUUUUGUGAGAGUUACAUUGAGACACAAUUUAGGAGUUACUGUUUAGAUGGGAGCAGGAGGCUGAGGAAGUUUUUCGAUUUCUCCUUAAAUAAUCUCUUUCGAAAAAUUCUGUCAGCUGUUUCUUUAUCAACCCAAAUUGUCAAAGACAGAAAAGACAGAGGAGACAAAGUCUCUCUUUGGCUGGAUGAAUUUUGCAGGGAACUGUCAGAGGUGAUCAACUUGCCCAGAAGUGACCUGAAGGGCAUUGAGCACCAAGAGGUCACAGACAUUGAGUUCCUCAGCAGUGCCAUGGCAGAAGCUCUGGAUGGCCUGAAGGAAAGGCUCAUGAAAAAAUUGGCUGAAGCUGACCUGAGCUCAUUUCCAAGGCAGCCUCACACCAUCCUGGCAGAGCAUUUUUCGGGGUGCUGGGCACAGUGUCCCUUUUGUGGGGCUGUCUGCACAAACACAAUGCAGGAUCAUGAUGGAGACCAUCAGCUGGUCUUCCAUCGCCCAGAAGCUUUGAAGGGAUGGAGGUGGCAUGAGACAGACCACCUGGUCAUUGAUAUUUGUUCCAGCCUUGUUGCAAGUGACUGCUCAUUCAGAGUUCGUGGCAGUGAAUGGAUUCCCUACAAGAAAUACCGGGAUGCUGGAUGCCCUUAUUCCACUUGGAAAAUUCUUCCUGACUCAUCCAUGCAGGCAUACUGGAAAUGGUUUGUGUCUCAUUUCAGGACACAGCUGGAAGCUCUGUACAAUGGGAAAUUUCAGGGUAGAGGAGAAAUCCCUGAGGCGUGGCAGAGCGUUACCAAGCAGCAAGCACUGUCUGAGCUGGACAAGCGUUAGGCCACAUCCUUGGGGAGGAAGAACCACAACAGCUUUGCAGAUUAGGAGAAUUUUGUACAGGGCUCUCCACAAAGUGCAGUUACAAUGAUGACACUCUCAAACCUUGUUCACAUAAUGGCAUCUAACUUUUCCCAAAUUCGGUGAAAUAAUGUUAGUGUGGCCAUCGCUCAGCAACACCUCACUUCAUGAGAAAGCCAGAAUCCUCUUGCCUUCUUGCCUGAUCUUCUUAAAGCACCUUCUGAACCUGAAGAAUUAGAAAUUCUUGGUUUAUUAGCAAUGGAAUUUUGUGCUGAGUUUCAGUACCAGGGAGAUCCACAAUUAAAUGUUACUCCCGAUCAUCCUUUGUACAGAAACUCAAGCUUGUGGUGCAAUUGUACUCCCCCAGGGUUCCUUUAGGGUGAAAUUGCUGACCUAGAUGAGUCCCCACAGCAAUUGCCAAAAAGAUAUUAGCCCAUUUGUAGAGAUAGAGCCUGCCAAGGCAUUCCCCCCAAAACUAAAAGUGGCCCAGGUAGCAUUGGACAGCUCACUGUGAUAGCACUUAAUGUUAAAAAAAGCCAUCAAGAGAAAACAUAGAGAAAAAGUAUUUACCCAUCAUUAUGAAGAAAACUGCAAUAGCAAUUUCAAACCCUAGAGCCCUGCAAAACAACUUACAUCAGCUUUAUUUCUACCUCAACUUCCCUGAGGCAUUAGAACAAUUAAACCAAUUGGGGUGUUGGCUCAGCAAAGGAGUCAAUACUACUUCCAUUGCAAUGAAUAACAUGAUGACAGAUGUUAGUGCUGUCAAACAUGCAACCUUACAGAACAGAGCUGCCAUGGAUUUUCCUUUACUGACACAUAAACAUAGUUUUGAAGAUUUUGAAGGACUGUGUUGUAUGACCUUUUCUGACCAUUCAAUGUCCAUCCACAAAUCAAAUUAAAACAAACAAUAGAUCAUACAUAGAUGACUUGUUUGAAAGAUGGAGUUUUACACCUUAGCUAAGAGAACUUUGCAAAAUAGGUUUAUAGGUAUUCAUUGUUAUUGUAGCAAUGUUAGUAAUAGUGCCUAGUGUACUUCACUGUGCAUGAAAAAUGAUGAACAAGGCCAUCAAAAAUUUUUUUCUAUCCAAAAGAGAGGGGAAAUGUGAGAAAGAGAUUUGUGGAGAGUUCUCAAGGCCUGACAAGAGCCCAUAGUAUGCAUCUGUAUGCAAACUUUAAGAUAAGAAAUGCUAAAUUAGAAAUGCCAAAGAAUAAGAGAGAUAUGGUUGAGAGAGAAA